GCAAAUAAAAUUCUCAAUACCAAAGAUGUUUAUUUCUUUUGUUAUGUGAUAAGAUAACUAAAAACUUAUUAAAACAAAAAUAAAAAUGGCUACAAAUGGUUCUGGAGAUGAUGUUGAGCAACAAGAAUGGAUACAUUUUAAUUCUGUGUUGAGAACUUUUCAAAAUUAUAAAUUAGAAUCUUUAGAAAGAGUUUAUAGAUCUGAACAAUAUUUAAAUCAGUUACCAGAAUAUCAUCAAGAAUGGUUACAAUCUUAUCGAAGUGAUCUGCAAAUUAUUAAACGUUGUAUCGAACACAAUUCUUCCAUUAUUGAUAUUAUGACAAAAGAAGCACCAAGUAUGUUUGAAAAUGUAAGAGCUGUCGAUGCGAAUAUUUCAUCUGCUUCGUAUGGUACUGUAGGUGAAGUUCUCGCUGAAGGUGUUGAUAAAGUACAAGCAACGUUAAAACAAUUAGCACGUGAUUGGAGUUCAAUGGGCGCAGUGGAACGAUCACAAUGUUAUCAACCGAUAAUAGAAGAAAUUGAAAGAAAAUUCUUAAAUAAUGCGAUAGAUCCAUCACAAAUAAAAAUUCUUGUACCUGGUUCAGGUUUAGGUCGACUUACAUACGAAAUAGCAUCACGUGGUUUCGUUUGCCAAGGCAAUGAAUACAAUUUAUUCAUGUUAAUAGUAUCAUUUUUUGUUUUAAAUCGAUGUACAGAGUUAAAUAGUUUUACAAUAUAUCCAUGGGUCCAACAACAUGUAAAUAAUUUAAGUGUUAAACAUCAAACGGCUGCUGUUACAUUCCCUGAUAUUUCACCAAAUUCGAUAUCGGGUAAAUCGUCUGGAUUUUCAAUGGCCGCUGGUGAUUUUUUAGAAGUUUAUAAAGAAGAACAAGUAUGGGAUUGUGUUGCUACAUGUUUUUUUAUUGAUUGUGCUCAUAAUAUUGUAGCGUUUAUUGAAACAAUUUAUAAAAUUUUAAAACAUGGUGGUUAUUGGAUUAAUUUAGGACCUUUAUUGUAUCAUUAUUCUGGUGCACAAUCUCAACCAAGUAUUGAACCUAGUUUUGAAGCUGUGAAGAAAGCUAUUUCUUGUGUAGGAUUUAUUAUGGAGAAAUGUGACACUCGUGUGAAAAGUAGGUAUUGUCAAAAUCCUGCAUCCAUGCUACAAUAUGAGUACGAUAGUGUAUUUUUCGUUUGCCGUAAACUAUAGUUUUAUAUACAAAAUUUAGAACCAUACCAAAUAAUAGACUCUCUUACAAUUUAAUAGAAAUCUUAGAUUUUAUAAAUAAUUUGCAUUGCUUGAUUUUCAAUUUUAUUCUUU